GAAAGAAGCACCAGUAGUUGCGAUUGAUUAUCAAAUCUGUUCGGAACUAUCUAUCAGAAACCAACCAACAAAGAAUAGUUGUUUUUUUCUUUUUUUUUAUUUUUUUUUUUGAUUUUUUACGAUAAAAGAUGUUUUCGUUGAGAUUAAUAUCAAAAAUCAUUUACAUUCUGUGUUUUAUCGUCAUCGUCAUUUUACUUCCAAUUCAUGGUCAACUGGACGAAGGAAGCGCAUGUUCUAUGAACGGAAAAAGUGGAAUUUGUAAAUUAUUAACAGAUUGUAUUUCUGUAUAUAAAUCGUUACUGGCCGGAAAUCCGCCAGAAAAAAAUUGUGGAUAUGCAAAUCGUAUACCUAUUGUUUGUUGUCCUAACGAUGUACCAACUUCUACUGAUACUAAAAUGAAUGUAGAACAACCAAAUCCUUCGAAUGAUGAACGUGGUGUUCUUUCUCGAGAAAAAUGUAGAGAAUAUUCUCAAUACGUUUAUCAACUUGUAAAUCCACCAAUUUUUCUUAUCGGUUCAAAACCAUUUAACACCUCUACAUGUGGUAUUAAGGGUAAAACAUUGAUCAUCGGUGGUGAGAAAGCACUUGGAAAAGAAUUUCCUCACAUGGUGGCACUUGGUUAUGAAUCUGGCAAAGGUAUUGAAUGGAGUUGUGGAGGAAGUUUGGUCUCAAGGAGAUUUGUUUUAACGGCUGCCCAUUGUUUACGUUCAGUUGAUAAUGUUGCUCCAACUGUAGCACGAGUUGGUGAUUUAAAUCUGGUAUCAAAGGAUGAUGCAGCUAAACCGAAAGAUUACAAAAUUAUUGACAAAAUUCCAAAUCCACAAUACAAACCUCCAUCGUUGUAUCACGACAUUGCAUUACUUAAAUUAGAAACCAAUGUAGAAUUUAAUGAAUAUGUUAGACCUGCUUGUUUGCAAACAACUUUACCUGAUUCACCUGAGAACAAAGCUACCGCAACAGGAUGGGGCUACGUUGAUUGGGAAAACGAAACUAGAUCGGACGAUUUGUUAAAAGUCACUAUAAAUAUUGUUAAUCAUACUGCUUGCAACACAUUUACCUAUUCAAAUAUUCGAUUCAAUCGAGGUAUCGUCAACGAUUCGCAAAUAUGCGCCGGUGAAUAUGGCAAAGACACUUGUGGGGGUGACAGUGGUGGUCCAUUGUUAAUUUUCAAUGAUGAUCAUUAUUGUAUGUACAACAUCAUCGGUGUUACCAGUGCAGGCCAAUUAUGUGGUUUAUAUACUCCAGGAAUCUACACUAGAGUAUAUAAUUAUAUUCCUUGGCUGGAAAGUGUAAUUUGGGCAGAACACGAUUAAUAAUAUUUUAUUUUACAUCGAAUAAACAUAUCAUUUAGUACUUCAUUAAUAAUAAUACUCGUAGAUUAAUUUAAUCGUCGACAUUUUAAUCGAUCUGUUCUCGCAAUUUAUUUUCAUUUUCAUUCUGAGAACAAAUAUAUGAAUUAAAAUCCACUCUUAACGUUUAUUUCGAAUGUAACAAACAAACAAAAAGUAUUUAUUAUUCCAGGUAAUUUAAUUUGCAUAAAUUCUGAUCAAAAGACAAACAGACAAGGAAAAAAGAACCAAGUGUUAUAACAUUCAAUUUCUAAAUUUAAAUAUAAC